GGGAGGGGGGCGGCGCGCGAGGGCGGGGUGAGGGGCGGCGCGCGCCGGCGGCGGGGGCUCAGUUCCCGCACGGUCGCCGCUCCGCGCAGGGCAUGGCCGAGUCGUCUCCCCGCGUCAUGUCCACCUUCCUGUACACGCUGCUGGGCCUCACCGUGGGGUCGUCGCUGCACUGCCCCGAGCGCCGCGAGAUCUCGCCGUGCUCGUGCCGCGUGCAGGAGCACUACAGCGACACCACGGCCGUCGUGUGCGAGCGCAUGGCCUCCUUCGGCGCCGUGGCCGAGGCUCUGCGCGGCAAGUUCUCGCCCGACGCCGACAUCGCGCUCCGCGUGUCUCACAGCCGCCUCGCGGACCUGGACAACCACACCUUCCAGGGCCUGGGCUUCCUCGUCAGCACACUCAAGCUCAACAACGACGACCUCAGCGUGCUGGAGGAGAGCGUGUUCGCCGGCCUGGGCCGCCUGCAGUUCCUGAGCCUGGCCGACAACCAGCUGGGCGCAGUGCCGCGCCACGUGCUCAGGCAGACCCCGCACGUCAAGACCCUGGACCUGAGCCGCAGCCAGCUGCAGCGCGUCGCCGCCGAGGACUUCCAGGACAUACCGGAGCUGCACAGCCUCAUCCUGGGCACCAACGACAUCUCUGAGCUGGAGCAGAAGUCCCUGCCUCGGACCCUCAGGCACCUGCACCUCGCCCGCAACAAGCUGUCCGACCUCAACUACACUCUCAGGGAGCUGUCCUCGCUGGAGUGGCUGUUCAUCAACGAGAACCAGCUUCGCUCGCUGGACGGCCAGCUGCCGGCGGGGGAAGCGGCCGGCCUGAAGCUGCUGCACGCGGCCAACAACCAGCUGCAGCGGCUGCCCCCGGAGCUGCGAGGGCUGGCGCGCCUCGAGUCGCUGUUCGUGCACUGCAACGAGCUGGGCGAGCUGGGCGGCGCCCUGCAGCGCCUGCGCGCCCUCAAGCGCCUGCACCUGCACAGCAACGCCAUCGCCGAGCUCUCGCCCGACGACUUCCUGGAGCUGGAGUCCUUGGAGGACUUGCAGUUGCAGAACAACCGCCUGCGGGCGCUCAACGGCUCUCUGCUGCCCCUGCGCGCGCUGCGCUACCUCAACCUGUCGCGCAACCAGCUGCCCGAGUUCUCGCUGCAGGAGAUCCGCGGCCUCAACAGCAUCCGCGUGCUGGACCUGUCCUACAACAGCAUCUCCCAGCUCGGCGGCCAGAUGGAGAACCUGGUGGAGGCGGAGACCCGGGUGCUGGACCUGCGGCUGGAGCACAACAACCUGCGCUCGCUGGCGGGCAGCCUCAUGGGGCUGCAGGGUCUGCGCAAGCUGUCGCUCAGCCACAACGGCCUGCAGGCCAUCUCGCCCGACGACCUCAUCGGGCUGGACGACCUGCGCUUCCUCGACGUGUCGAACAACCACCUGUCCACGCUGGAGGAGACCUCCAAGACGUUCCUGCCCUCGCUGGAGCGCCUCAUCGCCAGCAACAACUUCCUGACGACCUUGGACAAGGACUUCCACGGCCUGCCGGCCCUCUGCUACGCCGACCUCUCCAACAACCUGAUAGAGGUGGUGGGGCGGGAGCUGGCGUCUGCGCCGCACUGCCGCCUCCUGGGGGUCGCCGGCACCCUCAGGGUGGAGCUGCAAGGCAACCCCAUCUUCUGCACGCCGGACCUGGCCAGCACCAUGCGUGCCAUGAACAACACCAAGCUGCUGGGCGUGACGUGUCCCGUCGCGGAGGUGGUGAGCGUGGAGUAGCCCCCGCGCCAGUCACCCCCGUGGGGCACUCCAAUGUCUCGACACGCCUCAGGGAGAACUCCCUUAGACCGCUGCUUCCUCCUUGAGAUUCCCUCUUACCACUAUCAUCAUUAAAAAUGCUUUGUACCUCUGUGUAUCGUAGUUAGUCGUCACUUUAGGACGUCGCUGAAAACCGUUGGCUAUCGAGGAAAACACAACUGCGAGGAAAAAAAAAAAAUCUUUGCAGUGUUUGUAUAGUAAGAAUUUAAAGAGUGCUAAUAUUAUUUAUGUAGGCCUAAGUAAAGAAUGAAUUUAUUUUUUUGAGAGUGGGUUUAUUCCUAUAGAUUUAAGUCCAAUAUGUAUGUACGUAGCUAGGCUAGUUCGUGAUUCAUUUUUAAAUUUCGUUGAGAGCCGGGAGAGACUAAGUACCUAUAACAGCAGUUCUGAACGUAGUGAAGUAAAUAUUUAAUAUGUACACGUGUACUCUUACUUUUUCAACUGCGACAGUCCCGACGAAUUGGUCAAAAGUACAAGUGUCUGGCAGGAUGCUGGGUGUGGCAAUUCGAAGCCUACGUGUCGGAGAUAUGCAGUUGUUGCUGGGGUUACUGAGACAGCUUGGAACACACACACUCUCUCUCUCGUCAGCCGUUCCCUCAUUUAGGGUUAGCACUAGUUCGUAAGUCAGGUAACAUUGUUAUUUAUUAUCUUCCCGUAAUAUAUCUUAAUCUGUUGUCUGAAUUGUUGUAUUUUUAGGACUGAGCAACUUUUCUUAAAACAUUUAACGGUCAUUUAUUUUUAAUAGAUAACUUACUGCUCAUUUAAAAAUAUUACCAUCAUGAUUAGAGGGAUAAUGUAAAAAGUUAUUCCUUGAACUGUAUAAUUCUCACUUCAGAACAAAUUAUGUAAUUUAACAUAGUUUCUAUUGUUAUUUUGUAAGUUUGUUCACAUAAAACUUAGAUUUUGUUAGUUUAUAAAUUGUUACCAUUUGGUUAUUUUGGAUAUGGUGAUAUGUGAGUAGCUAAAUAAUCAAAGAUAUAUAAAAAAAAUUGUAUUUUCAAGUUGCAGAAUGAUACAGCAAUAUAAAUAAACUAUUAAAAAAAAAGCCUUUCUGUUUCAUGUACCAUUCUCACAACAAUGCUACCCAUACAUCAGCACCAGUCUCUUGUUGAUGAACUUCAAAUAUGUCGCGGAUACAAUCAUGUUUUAUGGAGCUUCAAAAUUCAGCCCAAAAGCUGACAAAUAUUAUUCCAAAUGUCUUACCGACUAAUUCUCUAGUUUAUUUAAUAUAAAGCUCGCAUGACUGAUUUCUAAAUAAUUUUUUUUUUCCUGAAAAAAUUCUACAGUGAUUUAGUUCAUUUUAUUAAGGUUUUUGAGAAACUUCAGUUCUACAGACAAUACAAUUACGAAGUACUUAUAAAACUUAAAUUCUAGAUUAUAAGCAUGUAAUUUCACCUUCACUUAUCCUUAAAUAGGUAUUAAAUUAAAUUUCCUUUGUGUAUCACAUAAUUUUACAUCAACAUUUUCAUGUUUACUGAUGACUGUUGAACACCACACACAAAAUGAACAACACUGUAAAGAUUUUAAAUAUUUUAUAAUUGAAAGCAACAUUUAUUUACAGCUCAUAAAUUGUAAUUUUUACUACAAAGUAUUGUAUCACAAGUGUCUACAACUGGGUGGGACGAAGAUUUUUCUUAUCAAAAAAUUUUGGGGCAAAAAGAAAAUUUUUUUUCUUCUAAAACAAAAAGUAUUGCGAUUUGAACUUUUUUUUCCAUCUAAUAAAACUUUAAGAUCUUAUAUACAAGUAAAAAAAA